AUCUAGCGGCCGGCGGGGAAGCAGGAAGGGCGGGGGCCGAGGCGACUGCUGCGCCGGGCGGUGGUCCCUCCCAAGGGUUGCCAUGAGUGUGCGGAGUGGGGAGAGCUGGGCCCAGCUUAUAACCUCCUUCCGAGCAGGCCCCACAGCUUUCCUUCUGGCCCGUGGGAGUGAUGAUACCUUCCUGGCUGAACUGCUGCAAGACAUGAGCAGCGAGAGGCUCAGUGAGCAGACCAAGGUCUCCAUGCUGACCCUUCUGCUGGAGUUUCCCACGCUGCUGUGUCCAGACCCCGAGGUGGGUGAGCGGGUGGCCAGCUCUCUCCUGGCUAAUUUUGCCCAACUGCCCCACUCACCCAAGCUGUCCUGGCUGCGGCACCACCUGCUGCUGGUGUUGGGGACUGUGCUGAUCACCACUGACGCCUUUGGGGAGGGCUCCCAGGCCUCCCGUGACUACCUCUCUUUGCUGCUGCAUCUGGCCUCGGACCUCAACGACCAGCGGCAGGGGCCGGGUGACCGUGGGGUGCGGGCAGCUGCCUGCGAGAGUCUGAGGGAGUUGGAGUGCUGCUACCCUGGCCUGUUCUCCCGGCGAUUGGACUCACUGCACUCCAUGCAGCAGCAGGAGCUCACACCAGUCCACCAGGGCUAUACGCUGUUGUACAGCCUGGCCCUGCGCAAUGCUGUGCUGCUGCUGGCCUGCCAGGGUGAGGGGACCCUGAGUGACUUGCUGGCUGGCAAUGAGGGGCUGGCCUGGGAGGCAGUGGGGAAUGCUGGGACAGUCUCUCCGGCCUCCAUUGAUCGCCUGCUGCUGCUUCCAACCCCCACUGAAACCAAGGAGCUGAAGUCGGUGCUGUCCCAGCUGCUGGAUGGCUCCUAUCUGCUGACACCACCUGCCCAGAGCCAGCUUCUGUGGCACCUGGCCCAGGUGUUGUGUGUAAUCCGCACCCAGUCACCUGCCAUCUUCAAGGCGCAGCUGGUGCGGCUGUUUGGCACGGCCCACGUGGCACUGCUGCACGCCAGCCUGCAGCUCAAAGGGCUUUUCACCGACAGCCUCUUCACAGCCGAGGAUGAGGCCUUCCUGCUGCGCCGCCUGGUGGGCAUGGCCCAGCACCCUGCACUGCCCUCACCCCUCAAACUCUUCUAUGUCGACUGCCUGCUGCACUUCCCCGAGAACCGCCCACUGGGCUCUGGCUCUGAGGAGGGGCUGCCUGUCCUGCUCACCCCUCGCCUGGCCUCUUCCCUCUUCCCCUCCCUCUUCAAUGACCCAGGCACCAUGCUGGCUCGUCUCAACCUGCUGAGCCUGGUGUGCCUGGAAAACCAGGGCCCUGAGGCUGAGCGGGGUGUUGGGUAUAUCUUUGAACAUGUCCUGGCACUGGCAGACACUGUUGCAGGCAAGGGUGGCCACGAGGCCACUGGACUCUUCUUCCGAGCCACCUACCUCUUUGCCCGCUACUUUGGCUCAAGGCCACAGCUCAUGGCAGAGCUGACGGACACCCUUGUGGGGUUGUAUCGUCAGCACUGCUCCCUGGCCCCCAACCUCAUCAACCUGCUGAAUGAGACCCAAGUGGUGCUGGAUGACCCAGCCUGGCCCACAUCCUUGAGCAAGGCCCUGCUGGAGUUGAUUGUGGGCAUGCCGCUGUUGCCACCUUGGGAGCAAGAGCUAGGCUGGCACCUCAAGCUGUUGGCCCGCGUGGCAAAGGAGAGCGGGGUCCCACAGGGCAGCACGCUGGAGUUCCUACAGCGCCUGGUGCGGUUGGCAGGUGCUGGACGACUGGGAGAUUGGCACAUUGGCCAAGCUUUGCUGAGCGUUUGCCGCAACCUGCUGCAUCACCAGCCCCCACCUGACAGCAGCCAGCUGGCUGAGCUGCUCCAAGUCGUCUCACUGAGCUACCCUGAUGUGGAUGUGCAGGAUCGAGCCCGCUUCUACUACACGCUCCUGUUGUGCCUGUCCGGGGACAAGCUGGGGGCAGUGUUGGCCCCUGGUGGGCGCCUCAAAGCCCGAACUCUCUCCUCGUCCAUCACGGCAGACAGUGAGAACUUUGCUGCUGCACUGACUGUGCACCCAGCCCCACAAUGCCUGCUACAACUGCAGCGUGAGGCCCCAGCUAAGCCCAUCUCGGUGCCAAUGCCAGCCUCCCAGCCAUGCCCUGCUGAUGCUCAGGAGGUGGAGGAGUGCUGCCGAUGGCUCCUGGAGCUGCGUUCUCCAGCCCAGAUCAGCCUGUCGUACCGUCUGCUCCACACAGGGUCCCCGCCCGAGCGACUCUUCUGCCUCCUGCUGCGUUUUGAGCGCUCUGACAACUUCUAUGAGCCAGUGCCAGACAUGUGCGUGCCCUGCCUCUCCACCUCCUGCCCAUCACCCGUCCUCACGCUCCAUCUGCAGCCCCGCUGCCCCUACCCCACCAAGCUGGCAGUGAGCGCCUUGUACACCACACAAGCAGGCCUUACCUACUGCAGCCAGUUAGAACUACUGCAGGUGGCCUUUCCAGACAUCUUCCUGCCUCUGGCACUGCCUGCAGCUUGGGACCCUGAGAGCUGCUGCCACCUCUUUGAUGCCCUCUGGUCUUCCCUGUGCCCAGAUGGGCAGGGUGACUGCGCUGAGAGCCUCUUUUGCUGGCCCUCCACCCAACAGCCCUUGGGGGCCCUGGUGCAGGCUCAUUUUGCCAGCUAUCUAGUGGCAGAGGAGCCAGGCACCUACAAGAUUGCCAUAGCCCUGCCACCUCACUAUCACAUGUUGCUGCAGGCCCAGGAGACCCAGGGGACAGCACGCAUCACAUUCCGCACAGACUACUGGAAAGUGCUCCCCCACUUAAGUGCCUACCUGCAGGAGGUGGUGGGGUGACAGAGCCUCAAAUAGGGAUGGAGGGGUAUCUGUGAGUGAGGCAUCUCCUGGGAAGGGGGUUCUGUGAGUAGGAGUAAAGGGGACAUAUCUCCAGCCAUUUGGGGGGAUUUGAGAGUCAGCAGUGGGGACACAUCUUCAGUCCCCUGAGAAGGCAAGCUGUGACUAGGACUGUAGCCUGACUUUCCUAAGUUCUGUACAAAUAUCUUUUACCAGUAAAACUUGUAGUGAAAUGAACAAACUAGUGCAUAUGGGGAAACGUGCACUGGGGUGAGGGUAGGGGUGGUAAAUUAGGUGCGAUGGAGGGAGAAGCAAUGGAGUGGCUCUGGAGAAGUGAGAGAGUGAAAGGACAAUUGGUGCAUUUGCACCCUCACAUGUGGUGGACACCAUGCCUGCCGUGUGGGCUCAGUGCUGAAGGACGGGUUUGGUUUCUGAAGCCUCAUUGGUGCUUGUCUACUUUGCUGGUACAGGGGCUGGUGAGCAAGGGCUGGUGCUAGGUGUCUUGUCACCGAGCUGGAAAAGGUUUUCAGUGCCCCCUGCCAGGACUGUGGUCCUCCCAAAUGAGGUAAGGUAGCGGUGUCCCUGAACCUGCAACGUUGGUGCCCACGUUGGCCACCUUGCUUGCCUGCCUGUGGAAGCCUGGUUCUGCAGAGUUGUGCAGGGAAGGGGACCCUGCUUGGAACCCAACAACCGAGAAGGCAAUGAGUCAAAUCCAGGACAACUGCUGAGCAGGGUCUGAGUGGGAGCCCCCCCCCCACGCCACGCCACGCCACAGGCGAUAACAGCGGCCAUCUGGCAGCUUCCCCGGCAGACUCCCUCCAGCUGGCAACCCAGCGUCCAUCCCUGCCCCCGAGCCAGCCAGGCCCCUCUCCCGGGAGCAGGGGGAGAGAGGCUGCUUCUCCAUCUUCCAGCAUGGACAUGCCACAGGGGUUUCACUCUGGCCGGAAACUAUCGCGUCCAUCCUGCACUGGGACUGGGCCGCCACGCCCCUCAUGCGCCGGAGGCGAGGCUUUCCCGGGUCCUACACGAGCGUGAGGACUACAACCCCCAGCAUGCCCCGGAAUCGGAGUGGGUUGUCACGGGGUGCGAAGUGUUCCCGCGCGGUGAGCGGCAGGAGUGGGCACGCCCAGCGCGCACGCGUGGAGCAUAUCGGCCCCGCAGGCACCUCCCCCUUCAUUACUGUUCCCUCUCCGAGAGGGUCCUGCCCACGUGGGGAUACGGGUUCCUGACAAGGCACCCCCCCGGCCCCUCCCCCCAGCGCCGCGCCUGCCUCCGGAGCGAGAUGUCUGAGAGCAGCGGCCCCAUCCGGCUGGACCUGAGCUCCCUCCGGGCGGCGCCCCGGGAUGUCCUGCACCUGCUGCCCUGCGCGGUGGAGCACAGCGGCCGCGCCCCGGUGGACAGAUACUUCACGCCGGCCAUCCGCCAGCGCUCGCAGGAGAAAUCUGUAUCCUUCCGGGGCAGGAGCCUCAAGGGGCAGGAUGUGCCGGUGCCCCAAGGUUAUGUGGGGCUGGUGCUGAAGGAGGAUCAAAGGCCCUGCACAGAGGAGGAGCGCACUGUGCGGCUGGAAUCAACCUUUUCAGCGCUGACGGUGUGGAACCUGGAACAGCCACCAAGUGCGGAUGAUGGGCUGUUCCUGGCCCUGAGCUGGCCAGGGAUUGCAGAGGCUAUCCACGCACCAGUGCUGAAGAAGGAACAGUGAGCAGCAAUCUUAAGCCUGCUAGUCACUGGCUAAUUCUGGGGUCUGCAUUCUUGGGCAUUUUGGCCCCACCAACCUGCACAGUAGCGCCAUGCUGAGAAUACAUGGAUCUCACAGAGA